GCUAAUGCUAUUGAUAUUGCAAUUGGUCGCUGCACUCCAUUAUGGCGGAUACGAGUGACACAUUCAGUUCCUGGUUAACCGAUAAAUUAAAAUCACUUAAUACCGAUGAAAUCGUUUACGGAAAUUAUAUAAGAGCUAUACUAGACGGUAAUGAAACGGAGGAUGAAAAAUCAGAGGCACUCGAGGGUGUUAUUUCGGGGAUAACGGAGGACAACAUCAGUGAGCAUGUGGCGAGCAUACUUGUUGCCUACACGAAGCUGUUCCCAAAGGAGAAGGAGGCUGAGGCAUCUGAGCCUGCUGAGGACGUCGAUGUUAGGUUGGCCAGGAUGAUGGAGUCACAGAGUCUGCCUACGACGACUCAGCGAAGUUACACGGCUGAGGAAUUGAGAAUUCGAGAGGCCAUUCUGUCUCAGUAUUCACAGAUGUCUGAUGGCGAAGAGGAGGAGGGCGAUGGGGAUGAGGAUGGGGUGGCUUCCAAGCCUGAAUGUGGAAUUGAGAGGAACACCAAUGCUGCUAAUAUUCUUCAACAGCAACGGGAGAUGAGGGAAAAAGCUAAACUCGAUAGCCAGAAGAAGAAGGAAAAAGAUAAAGAAGAUCGGGAGAAGCAAAAACAAAUGAAGGAGGAGAAGAAAGAGAAGCGUAAGACAACAAAGGGUGAGCGUCGAAGGUAGCAUGAUGAAAAUGGGGAGAAUUCGAUUAUUCAAAUUUCAAACUCACUUCUAGACACUUAAAAAAUGCCUCCAAAACUCAUGAAGAUAACUUAUUUUAACUGCAUGUCAUUUUAAGUCCAAAGCAUAGAAGCCGAUAGUACUCAGUCGCAAUUGUAAAUGACGCAUUUAUUUCUUUCUAAUAAAUAUAACACUGUCUUGCAAAGGCCAGAGAAUAAGUCCAUCAAA